AUGGAGGCUAUAAGACCUAAUGAAAGGUCUCAUGAACGUUCAGAGGAAGAUGGAGUAGAUAUAUUACCUCCUCCACCUGAACCGUUCCCCUUAGAUCAAAUAGUAGGCUCUUCGUCCAAAGAAGAUGGAGCGAGAGAUAUUCAACCCAAGCAACACAUCCGAGGAUACUUGAAUUCAGUUCAACAGUCAUGCAUCAAUGCUUUGACAUCACUUCCACCUUCUGAACCUUCUUUGCCGGACAUUCCUUUACCUAACGCUCAACUAGCAGCGGCUUUGACAGAUCUACUGGAAGUUACCCACGAAUUAGAUGAUCUAUUACCCCCUUCCCAAAACCUGACCCCUUCCACCGUUCAUACCACCACGUUCUCCGAUAACUCGGAUGACCAACUGCAAACUUCCACGGAUGCUCUGAAGAAUUUGCUGGAAGGCUUACAGGAUGCUCGGAAUACCGGAGAAGAGAGAAGUGGAGUUAAAGAUGGAAGCGAAGAAGGUUUACACCCUGCUAUAAAUGUCGUUAGAGAAGAAUUAGCUUGGCAAAGGAUAGAACAUCUCAGUAUGGCAAUUUUUCAACUAUCAACUGAUCGAACAAACACUCGACAUGCAACAACGACAGAUUCAGGUAAUGAAGGAAAUAAGAAUGGACUACCGCCAACUUAUCAACAAUAUCUGGAUUCCCCAACUCAUCAGAAUUUAGAUGAAAGAGAAAGCGAUAAUACAUCAUUACUGCCUUCAUACCAAGAUAUCCAGUCGAUAAACGGUGAACAGGAAGCGGGACCUUCAACACCUGAGAAGAAAUCAAGUGAACCCAGGCAACCAUCCUCACCUACCUCACCGACAGCUUCUCGAGAGAAAAUGAUGAAUGACCUAGAUUCGCUGACAACAGCAAUCGAACGUCUAUCCUCCAUAGCGCCGAGACUACAAGAUCAGAGGGUAGAGAUGCGACACGCUCCAUCGAAAUCAUUGAAAAUCCUAGCAAGUGGUAUAGAUCAUAAGAACGCAGCGGAAGGGAAGAAGCUGAGUAGAGAGGAGAAGAUGCGUUUGGAGAAACAGAAGAUGAAGGAGCUGGAGGAUAUAUGGGAUAAGAUAGAACGCGCUCACGGUAAAAGGAGAAUAAGGGUGGAAGAGGGCCAGAGAGCUGAUCGCGAAGGCUGGGAGAAUAGAAGAAGAGAGAGAUUCUUGAAUAGGAUAUCGGACCAAUCUGAAGCGAAUAGACUAGUAAAUCAAGACUCGACCAUGGGAAGCGUUGAUGCUGAGUUGGCAAGAGCCCGAGAUCUACGAGACCGGGAUCACUUCUUACGAGAUUUGAUAGAUCAAUCGGGCGAACGAAGAAUGGACAACCAAGAUGCUACAGCAUUCGAAGCAGACUUGACGAUUCGUAACGACAAGCAAGAAGAACUCCUGAGCGAGAUUAUAUCGCAUACACGAGCUUCACGACUAUCUACGCAAGACUUUCCGUUGGCAAUCGAAGACAAAUUAGCAGAAAGGCGGGCUUCGUUGAUGGAAAGUAUAAUGGAUUAUUCGUCUUCAGGCAGAAUGCACGACCAGGAUUCGGCUCCGCCGACACCUCGGCGAGGGAGCAGUGGAGAGAAGGAAGAGGACCCCCUCGAAAUGGUUACAGUGCAAGACUUUCUCGCUACUGCUGGACCGAAUCGACAGCGGUCCGUGGGCGUGAGUGGCGAAGAAAAUAUCUUACAAGCCAGAUCCCAAUUCAAUCCCGUUUCUGUGGAAGUUGACGGCAAGAAGUCGAGCUCGAACUCGGGAAGAACGACGCCGACUGCAUUCAAAAAGAUUGCAGGUCUGAUGAGAAGAGGUAGUGGUCACUUGAGUCUGAAACCCACGAAUGCACUCGAUGUUGACGCUAUCACGUAUAUGGCUGAACACCAAGAAAACCUUCGAUCUGUGCAAAUAACCCUACAUGGGAUAGGCAUUUCACCUAAUCUGGAUUGGCAAAUUAGUAGUCUCACCAACGAGCAAGAAGCUAUCAUCACGUCCAAGAGAGACUCUGCCAUCUCGUUUCGACUUCCAUUGCCAGUAGCAAUCGAGAGUCACCAAACGAUCUCCUUCACCGCUCAGUCACUUCACUUGGAAGCUAGACUCGUUGCGCAACCUCUACCCGCGUCAGCAGUCUCAUUGCUCCCGACAUAUCCAAUUUCCGCUUCCGACCUCCGGAAUAUCCAACCUGGAGCAAUAUGCUGUAAUGUGUGCGAUCGUGAUCUGGCGACACUACCUUUCGAUAAUUGGGAUGUAGCGUACAAGGAUUUACCCAGCGAACAUUGGGCUGAAAUGAUGGAGGUCUGGAUGUGUCAUAACGAUCCUUCCUUCACUGCUACACUUGCACAGAGAACCAAAGAAGGUUUCUGGCCUAAAGACGGAGGUGUUCUAGUCGGUGCAAGUUACCUUCUGAUUGGGGAUGAAAGAGUCAAAUGGGGGAACGUAAAAAUCGCAGACAAUUACCAAGACGACUUGUGGAAUGUCAUCACUUGCCAAUGUGGUGAAACCUUAGGUAAACAACGUGUUAAAGACGAUAAACCCGGUUCUGGCACUGUACGAUUUUCGAAGUGGGCUUUUUCUUUACUCAAGGAAGAUGACGAGAAUGAUCAUGUCGAAUUCGUUAGAUUUCCGCUCUCUUUGUUCAUCGUUUCAGACAUGCUUGAGUUGUCUCAGGCUCAUGCAAGUCAUCGAUUCAUCAUCUCUGACGAACAAGGAAACAAGAGGAUAUAUGUCUGGCUAUUUAACCCAUCUGUAAAAAUGACUUAUCGAAAAUCGAUCAAUUCAUCAUCCCCUUUACCAUCACCUUUAAGGACUUCGACAAUCCCCCAUGAUAACAAUAUUUCUUCUAGAAGAUCAUCGAUUGUUCCACCCUCUACAUCAAACACUGUUGAUUGUAACAAAGGGAAUGGAAAAUCGAAUCUCCAUCAAUCAUCUUCGAAUUCGGAACACGCAAAUAUCAAAGCAUGCAGAGUCAUGUAUAAAGUGGUUGAUCCUUCAGCAUUCACAGACGAUUCAUGUAACUUGCCUGGAUUUGGACCCACGGGUCAAGUGGAAAAUCUCACUUAUCCUGCGAUUGUAUGUGAUAGAUUGAUCGGUACUUUGAGACAAAGUACCUUGAUUUAUCCUUUGGCAAUGAGAGCGAUGGGUCAAUUUGAUGUAGGCUUUUUGGAAAGGGUUUGA